CGAGUCCACCGGCGUCCGGGGAGGGACAGAGAGAACGGACUGGGCAAGAGCGACAACUGCGGGUCACUGUGGAAGCCAUGGCAGGGCAGGCUUUUAGAAAGUUUCUUCCCCUCUUUGACCGAGUUUUGGUUGAAAGGAGUGCAGCUGAAACUGUUACUAAAGGAGGUAUUAUGCUUCCAGAAAAAUCUCAAGGAAAAGUAUUACAGGCAACAGUAGUAGCUGUUGGAUCAGGAUCCAAAGGAAAGAGUGGAGAGAUUCAGCCAGUUAGUGUGAAAGUUGGAGAUAAAGUUCUUCUUCCAGAAUAUGGUGGCACUAAAGUGGUCCUAGAAGACAAGGACUAUUUCUUAUUUAGAGAUGGUGAUAUUCUGGGAAAAUAUUUAGACUGAAAUCACUGUUGAAGUGGCGUCAAGAAUGUUGCCCAUUCCACUGAAGUUCUGAAGUCUUUUGUUUCAUCAUGUAAAUAAUUUCCAGGUCUCUUGUUUUAUAAUAAAUGGAUAUCUAGUGUCUGAA